GAGCUGACGGGGCUUGGACCUCUCGCUCCAUCCAGGAUGUGUGACCGCAACGGCGGGCGGCGGCUCCGGCAGUGGCUGAUCGAGCAGAUUGACAGCGAGCUGUACCCUGGGCUCAUCUGGGAGAAUGAGGAGAAAACCAUGUUCCGCAUCCCAUGGAAACACGCCGGGAAGCAGGACUACAACCAGGAGGUGGAUGCCUCUAUUUUCAAGGCCUGGGCUGUUUUCAAAGGCAAGUUCAAAGAAGGCGACAAAGCGGAGCCGGCCACUUGGAAGACACGGUUGCGCUGCGCCUUGAACAAGAGCCCUGACUUCGAGGAGGUGACGGACAGGUCCCAGCUGGACAUCUCUGAGCCCUACAAGGUCUACAGGAUCGUGCCGGAGGAGGAACAGAAAUGCAAAGCGGGCAUUGCCAACGGGAGCAGCCUGAAUGACGUCACGGAGAUGGACUGCAGUUCCUCUGCAAUCGAUGACCUCAUUAAAGAGCCCGCCUGUGUAGAUGAAUACCUGGGGAUCAUCAAGAGAAGCCCCUCACCCCCCCAGGAGACCUGCAGAAACACCCUGAUACCCGACUGGUGGGUGCAGCAGCACAGCCCCGCGUUGCCCCUGAUGAAUGGAUACUCCAGCUACGAGCAGCAUCAUUCGGGUUACUCCCAGAUGGUGAUCAGCUUCUACUACAGCGGGAGGCUGGUGGGCCACAUCACUACCUCGUGCAGCGAGGGCUGCCGGAUCUCACUCAGCCAGCCCUCCAGCCACGGCGAGAAGCUGUAUGCCCCAGAUGCCCUGGAGCACGUGCAGUUCCCCUCGGCCGACGCCAUCCAGAAUGACCGCCACAAGCAGAUCACCAGGAAGCUCUUUGGGCACCUGGAGAGGGGUGUCCUGCUGCACAGCAACAAGCAGGGCAUCUUCAUCAAGAGGCUGUGCCAGGGCAGGGUCUUCUGGAGCGGGAACACCAUGAUGUACAAGGACAGGCCCAACAAACUGGACCGGGAUGAGGUGAUGAAGAUAUUUGACACCAACUUGUUCUUCAGAGAGCUGCAGCAGUUUUACAACAACCAGGGCCGCCUCCCAGACAGCAGAGUCAUGCUGUGCUUUGGAGAGGAGUUCCCGGACGCCGUGCCCCUGCGGUGUAAGCUCAUCCUUGUCCAGGUGGAGCAGCUGUGUGUCAGGCAGGUGGCGGAGGAGGCUGGGAAGACCUGCAGCAGCAGCCCCAUGCUCCCCAUAGCUGAUGAGACGCAGCAUGACCAGGUGUACAGGAUCUUCCAGGACAUCUGUGCGAUGCACCAGCGGCCGCUCUUCAGAGAAAACCAACAGAUUGCCGUCUGAGCCUCCUUCUCCGCAGACAUAGCGUGGUGGUUUGGGUUGAUCUAGACCCAGUUUGGUCCCAUUAGUGCCUAAAUUCCCAUUUUUGGAAAGUUGGUUUUUGUUCUUUGCUGUUUCCAGUCCAGAGUCUGUAUAAAUACAGCGGUAAAAAUUGCCACGAGAAAGUAGGUUGGAUGCUCAGUGUCUGUCCCGCAGACGCUUUACUGAUUAAAAAUGACUUUUGUACCAAGCAGGGUAGUCCUGGUACCCUUGUCUAUAGCUAAUGGCAGGGGGAGGAGGCAGCGUCUGAGCUGUGCAGGAAGGUCAGGGCUGGGAGUGCUUUGUGUUGCCUUUGUUAAUGGCCAGUCAAGCAGAACCGAAAAUCAACAGCUAUAACGACCUGCCCCAGCCGUCUGCA